GGUGGCAAUUUACACUUGGCUGAAGUAAAAACUUCCAGGAAAGGAUUCUGCUCUGUCCGUUAUGGACUGGCCCUCAUUUUGCAGCUCUGUAAUUUUACAAUUUACACACAGCAAAUGACGAUGAGCAUUGCCAUCCCAGCUAUGGUGAACCACACAGCCCCCUCCAGCCAUCACAAUGACUCCAUAGAAAGGCCCUCCCCUGACUUCCCGGACUACCAGAAUGAAACCUCAAAGGAAUUUAAAGCAGAGGCCCCCGUAUAUGACUGGAAUCCUGAAAUUCAGGGAAUCAUCCUCAGCUCCCCCAACUAUGCUUCUUUCUUUACUCCAAUUUCUAGUGGCUAUUUGGCUGGAGUAUUUGGAGCAAAGCGUGUGGUUGGGGCUGGAUUGUUCAUUUCCUCAAUCCUGAACCUUUUCGUUCCAAUGGCAGCUGAUACUGGAGUGACAUUGCUCAUUGUCAUUCGGGUUGUCCAAGGCAUAGCCCAGGUUAUGGUAACAACAGGUCAGUAUUCAAUUUGGACCAAAUGGGCUCCUCCACUUGAAAGGAGUCAUCUCAUCAGCAUUGCUGCAUCAGGGGCACUUCUGGGAUCUUUCAUCAUCUUCGCUAUUGGUGGUCUCCUCUCUCAGACCAUAGGAUGGCCUUAUAUCUUCUACAUCUUUGGUGGAAUUGGCUGUGUAAGUAGUCUUCUCUGGUUUCCUCUUGUUUAUGAUGACCCCGUGAAUCAUCCCUUUAUCAGCACUGGUGAGAAGGAAUACAUCCUGUGUUCACUGGCCCAGCAGGAUUCUUCUCCAGGGUGGUCUCUUCCCAUUAAGGCUAUGAUCAAAUGUCUACCACUUUGGGCCAUUUUAGUCUUUUAUUUCUGUCAUUACUGGCCUUUUUAUGUCAUGAUGUCAUAUACACCAACAUACAUCAAUUCUGUACUUGAAGCUAACCUCAGAGAUAGUGGGAUCCUAUCUGCCCUGCCAUUUAUAUCUGGUUUCAUCUGCAUUAUUCUUGGAGGUCUACUGGCAGAUUUUCUCCUUUCCAGAAACAUUUUCAAACUCAUCACCAUAAGAAAACUCUUCACUGCCAUAGGCGUUCUCUUCCCAUGCCUGCUCAUGGUGUGUCUGUAUUGGGUCAGAUCCAGUGCCAGCACCACUGUGGCCUUUUUAGUGCUCUCUCCAGGCCUCAGCAGCCUCUGUGACUCAGGAGCCCUUGUGAACAUCUUGGAUAUUGCUCCUCGAUAUGCAGGCUUUCUCAAGGGACUAUCACAAGUCUUUGCACACAUAGCUGGAGCCAUCUCUCCCACUGUUGCUGGAGUUUUCCUCAGUCAGUAUAAAGAGUUGGGUUGGAGAAAUACCUUCUUGCUUUCAGCUGCUGUUAACAUGUUGGGCCUGGUCUUCUACCUCAUCUUCGGCAAAGCAGAUGUUCAGAACUGGGCUAAGGAACAGACAUUCAAUAACUUCUGA